CUCCAGAAGAACUCCAUCGUCAUCAACGACAUUAAAUAGUUCUACAUCGUCCCACACUUCCGAUGUGCGGCGAGAAUUAGCCUUCUUUUUAGGGGGUGAAGAAGGGCUAGAACCAGUAGUACUACCAACACCACUUCCCGCAUUAUUAGGAUCCAUGUCUGCAAAUUCACCAAAGUGAAUAACAAAUCAAAUGUUAAUGAGUAAACUGGAGAAACAAAUAUCUCACAAAUAUAUAUCAUCGAGUGCUGCCCUCUGUUUUCCAUACUUUCAAUUAAUAAAUUACAUACCAAAUAAGCAAAGAUCAAAGCCUUGUGAUGUUAAUUUGUAAGUCUGACCAUUCUUAAUUACUUGGAAUUCUUUAUUAUGAGAAUGGCACGGUCUGUAACUAGCAAUUACCUUAAGUUUUGGGCAUAUUCAAUAGAAGUACUAACUGAAGAGAGAAUGGUUGGAUGAAACUACUCAUUGACUGCUAUUGAAUGACUAGCUAUUGAAUUGACUUCUCUAUCACAUAACCCUCUCGGCUAUUGUGGUAAUAAUAUUCAGAUUGCAGGGUUCCUAUUCAGCUGCUAUUGGAUUGACUAGCCAUUAAAGAGUGAUCCCACGAAGAAGAAAGGAAUCCAUACCUGAGAGAAGAUGUGGAGAGGAUGGCGGUCGGCGGCGAAGGCUGCGCCUUUGAGCGUCGACGCCGAACUCUAAUUGAGCAGGGAUGGCGGCGGUCGGCGGACGGAUUUUUUGCUCUCUGCUAUCUUGCCUUUGGGAAUUGCUUGUUGCUGGAAGAGAAGGGACGAUGCCGGAAUGGAUUUUCUGGUCUCUGGGAUUUGUUGGACGAGAAGCCGAGAAGGGACGGUGGCGGAGAGGUUUCCAGACAACGAAGCUGGUUUGGAACAGUCGCGCAGUCGGAGUCGCGAUGGUAGGGAGGAACUAGGGUUUUCGUUCGAUUUGGGAAAGGUGGAAAGGGAAAGCGAUUCCCAGUUGGGGGGAGGGGGGAGUAGGGUGGCCGGUUGGGAAGGCCAGAAGGGGCUGGGUGCUUGGGUUGGGAGUGGAUUUGGGCCUGGGGUAUGGUAUUAUGUUGGGCUGGUCUGGAAAAUGAAAUUGGUGGGCUGGGUUGCGGUUAAAUGUGUUUACGGUUUCGGUUGCGGUUAAACUGCAAACCGCAAAAAACUCAAUAUCUCCAACCGCGACCGCAAAAGAGGCUAUUUUUGCGGUUUGCAGUUAACCACUAACCGCGCGGUUUCGGUGCGGUUAGCGGUUUAACCGCAACACCGCAACCGAAUUCCAGCCCUAGAUUCUAGGGUUCGAAUCGAUGCACAAAAGUCGACCGCGUCGUAUGGAAAAUAGACCAACAAGACAGGAUAAAAGCCUCCGGCAAAGUAGAUGGAAUUUAUUGAUGGAGUGAAGAGUGGGGCGCCAUUGUGGAAAAGGUUCGGCUGGAUUUGCAAAGGAAAGUUUAGGUUUCGAUGAGUAGGAACUAGGAAGAGGAAUAGAGGAUGAAGAAUAUAGGAUGGAGAGGAGGACUGCAUCGCAUCGAGCAUAACCAUUAGCCAUAGGAUUUAUAAAACGGCAUCGUAUCA